AUGGCACCCGGCGCUCCUCCUACCGACAUCCGCGCGCUCCCGGGCCUCCUCUCGAAAAUGAACACCAGCACCCUUCCCAUCUCCUCCAUCCCAUGCGAAGACAUGCGCUGCAACACUUGCUGGCGCGACUAUGGCGAGAAAAACGACCCCGCCGACCCUCACGAAGUCGUCUGCCAGCCUGUUCGGAUCCUGCCCUGCAAGCAUCUCGUAGGCUCCGAAUGCCUUGCUCGGCUCGUUCGCGACGGUCGAUUGGCCUGUACGCUAUGCCGCCAGCCCAUUCGCAAGACCUCGCCAGUGCCGCGGUGGGUCAACUGGCUGCUGGAAAUGGAAAACGAUCUUUCGCCCACGUGCUGGAUAGAAAGCGCGCGGGAGGAGUUAAUUAACACUUGUGGGACGCAGUCGGAACACAUAUGGCGCUUCGAUGCGCUGAAUGCAGGCUUGCUUGAGGGUACACUCACAAUUGCCGAUGGCGUCGAGCUCUGGUUGUACUACAUCUACGACCCGCUCUUCCUUCACUUCGAAGAAAUCGGCAAGUUUCUCACCAUGCUGCUUCCCUUUGCGAUCCUUGAAUGGUUCCUCCCCCACUUGCCUGACACGUGGGCCUUCCCGAAGUAUCUGGCCUACCUGUCUGGCAUGGACGCCGGAUUGUGUGUUCCCAUCCUGAACACCAUCGCUCUGUUUCCUAUUUUGAUCGUCGUCUCCAUACACUUUCAGGAAUUCGCGCAGGGUCCGAAUCGGCGUCAGCUGAAGAUGGUGCUCUGGAAUGUGCCGCUUGCGUUCUUUGUCCAGAAUCUGACGCAAGUGGUGCCGGUUUGGCUUGCGGUUGCGGCGAUGACGGUGCCGCUUGGGGUGCUGAUGGCUGUCCUGGGCAUUCUGAUUUGUUUGGGGAUCAUGGCGGAGCGUCCCGCUCUGCAUAGGAUGUAG